AAAUAAAUAAAUACAAAUGGUCUACUUCACACACACAUUAUAAUAUAAUAUAAUAUAAUACAAUAUACUAUAAAAGUAAAUAUCUAGAUACACAUUGAAAAUGUGUAUGGUGCACAGCAGCUUCCCACUCGGGCUCCCGUAGAAAAACACCGUGACGUGGAUGAGCUGUUGAAGAAAAUCAGGAUAAUCUACGUAACAGUCCAUCCUCAUCCUCAAACUCAUCCUCCCUCCCGAGCAGCCAGCGGGUCAGUCUGUGUCCUCUUCAUCCGCGAAACCCAGAGCCAUGGCCGCGCAGAAGAUCAACGAGGCGCACGAGCACAUCGCCAAAGCCGAGAAAUGCUUGAAGACCAGCAUGACCAAGUGGAAACCUGAUUAUGAUGGAGCCGCUUCAGAGAUGGCAAAAGCAGCUGUGGCUUUCAAAAACGCAAAACAGUUUGAACAAGCGAAGGAUGCGUACCUGAAGGAGGCCGAGUACCACACAGACAACAAAACACUCUUCCAUGCAGCAAAAGCGUAUGAACAGGCUGGCAUGAUGCUGAAGGACAUGAAGAAAAUGCCUGAGGCCAUUCAGCUGAUCGAGAAGGCCAGCAUCAUGUACGUGGAGAACGGGACGUCUGGCACCGCUGGAAUGGCCUUGGACAGAGCUGGGAAACUCAUCGAGCCGAUUGAUCUGGAGAAAGCCGUGGACUUGUACCAGAAGGCUGCAUCUGUGUUUGAGAAUGAAGAUCGUCUCAGGCAGGCCGCAGAGCUUCUGGGAAAAUCCUCCAGACUUCUGGUGAGACUGCGCAGGCUGGACGAGGCCGCUGUGUCCCUUCAGAAAGAGAAGAACAUGUACAAGGAGAUUGAGAACUACCCCACCUGCUUUAAGAAAACCAUCGCUCAAGUGCUGGUUCAUCUCCACAGAGGAGACUUUGUGGCUGCAGACAAGUGCGUCAGAGAAAGUUACAGUCUCCCAGGGUUCAGUGGGAGCGAGGACUGUGUUUCCAUGGAGACGUUACUGGCGGCGUUUGACGAGCAGGACGAGGACCAGAUGUCACGCGUCUGCAACUCACCUUUACUGAAGUACAUGGACAACGACUAUGCCAAGCUGGCGAUCUCUCUGAAGGUGCCCGGUGGAGGCGGCGGGAAGAAGAAGAAAUCUCCUGUUGCUCCUCAAGAGGGCAGCGCCGGCCCGCCACCGGCCGAGCAAGACGACGAUUACGAGGGAGGUUUAUGUUAACUGAGACUGAGAGAACGGCCCGACUCUUCCAUCCGUGUGUGUGUGUGUGUGUGUGUGUGAACGAGCAUAUCAGUGUUUCCUCCCUUUGUGCAGUGGAGUCAUUCCUGAGGAAUUCUGUUCCUGUUUGUCCCGCCUGUAGGAGCGUCCAGAUUUCUGUGCGUUUACUCAUCAGACACACAGAAAACCCUACACACACGGGCUGUGGUGAUAAUGUAUUUUUGUAGUCAGCGUCAACCAGGUUUAUUUGACAAAAAACACAAUAGGGUUUUUUAAAUUUUUUUGGAUUAUUGUAUAAAAUAAGAUCUGUGAGCAACAAAAGUUUAUGAUUCUUACACAUGUUGUUCAUCAUGAUAAUAUUCACAACUUUUAUGAAUUUUGAAUACAGAAGUAAAAAGCUAAACGUUGGCAGUAAAUGAACUAUACCAUGGUCACAUGAUAUCAGCAUCGCCACCAGGAAGCUUUAACUUUAACAUUUAACAUUUUUCACUUAAAAACAUUUUGUCGGAAACACCUUUUUCAAGACAAGUUAUUACCAGUGUUGAGGAAAGUUACUUCAAAAGUAAUGCAUUACAAUAAAGAGUAACUAACUGCGUUACUUAGUUACUUUUUAUGGAAAGUAAUGCAUAAUGUGACUUUUGUGUUACUUUUUGUCACCUGAGCUGAGAUUGUUUUUUUAUUUUUGUUUUUAUAACAAAAACCCCAAAAGUGAUAUUUUUGGUAACUGCAAAGGCCCUUUCACAUCAGAAGUGACAUGAAUAAGCCUCAGGCUGAAGGAAGUGUCUCUGCCUCUGCACAGGAGAGCUGUUGGUGAGUAAAUGGGAAAAAUAAAAAGUUAGUCCGAUCUUUUCUUGUAAAUGUAAAAGUAAUGCAUUACUUUACUAGUUACUUGGAAAAAAAGUAAUUUGAUUACGUAACACUGGUUACUACUGAUGUAGAAUAAAAUGUCGAAAAUAUCUUGUGUUAAACCACAGACCAUUUUCAGUCAUUUAACAAAAACCCAGUGACGUCAAGAUGAUGAAACAAUGAAGAUGUACAGAAACGCUCCAUUUCAGGUUUUGAACUACAAAAAUCCGUCAUCCUUUCAGUACUCUAUUGAUUGUAGUGUUUUCAGUCAAGUUACAAACAUUUGUCUUCCAUUGGUCAAUUAGAUAGUCCCGCCCCAAAACUCACACCAUUGGUUGAGCCUGUAAAUUAUAAACACUGGGCAUUUUUGAUGUGUGUGUGUGAUCAUAGAUAUGUAUAUAUAUAUAUAUCUAUGUGUGUGAUCAUAUUGUUGGAUAAAUUCUGUUUGUAAAUGUUUUCUUUUAAUUUGAUAAGGAAAUGUGUAGUUGUGUACAGAAUUUAUUUAUUUUUAUUAGUGAACAGUCUAUGAUGUCAAAGUGAUGUUAAAUCAGUUAUCAAAUUUGUAAAAUACUAUAUUAUUAUUAUUAUUAUGUACAGUAAUUUAUUGUAAGUGUUGUUGAAAUGUAAAUGUGGCUGUGGAGUGAGGUGUCAUGCUGCGUUUCCAAAUAUACAACCUGACAGACAUAAAGAUGCAAAAAUGACCUAAUAAAAUCAUAAUCUAUA